AAAAAGAAAGUUGGAAAAAAAGGGAAAGGGAGCAAAGCUCCAGCAGUGGUAGAUGCCUUGUCCCCAAAGGAGAUGAGCAAAGAGCAGCUGGAGAAGCAUGUUGCACGUCUCCGAGAGGAGCUGGACCGGGAACGGGAAGAGCGCAACUAUUUCCAGCUGGAGCGUGACAAGAUUCACACCUUCUGGGAGAUCACCCGCCGGCAGCUGGAGGAGAAGAGAGCAGAGCUGCGGAACAAGGACCGGGAGAUGGAGGAAGCAGAAGAGCGGCAUCAAGUGGAGAUCAAGGUUUACAAGCAGAAGGUGAAGCACUUGUUGUACGAACACCAGGAAAACCUCACUGAGCUGAAGGCGGAGGGCACCCUGUCCAUGAAGCGGGCCCAGAAGGAUCACUGGGCCCAGGAGAUGGAGCUGCGUAAAGACAUGCGCUCCUUGAAAGUGGAGCUGAAGGAGCAGGAGCUGGCCAACGAGGUGGUGGUGAAAAACAUGCGCCUGAAACAAGAGGAGGAGAUCACCCGGCUGAGCAAUGACUUCGAGAGACAAGUGAAAGAGAUCGAGGCCAAGUACACCAAGAAGAUGCAAGUGCUGCGGGACGAGCUUGACUUGCGGAGGAAGACUGAGAUCCACGAGGUGGAGGAGAGGAAGAACAGCCACAUCAGCGAGCUGAUGAGGAACCACGAGAAGGCCUUCAGUGACAUCAAGAACUACUACAACGAUAUCACCCUCAAAAACCUGGCACUCAUCAGCUUGCUGAAGGAGCAGAUAGAGGAGAUGAAGAAGAAAGAGAAUCACUUGGAAAAGGAGAAGGCGGAUGUGCUGCUCCAGAACAAGCAGCUGAAGGAGCCCCUGCAGCAGGCCCAGGAGCGGGUGUUUGAGCUGCAGAAGAAGCUGGCUCACUAUGACAAGGACAAAGAGGCCCUGACGAACACAAAAGCCCGUCUGAAAGUCACCCAGAAGGAACUGAAAGAUCUUCAGUGGGAACACGAAGUGCUGGAGCAGAGGUUCAGUAAGGUGCAGGCAGAGCGAGAUGAGCUCUAUCAGAAGUUCACCAAAGCCAUUAACGAGGUGCAGCAGAAGACGGGCUUCAAGAACCUGCUCCUGGAGCGCAAGCUGAAAGGACUCCUCAGCGUCCUGGAGAAAAAGGAGGUGGAGCUCAGCGAGGUCUUUGCAGCCUCCAACCUCGACCCAGGAGCCCUCUCCUUGGUCUCGCACAAGCUGGAGCCUGUGCCCAGGCGUGGAGGGGCUGGGAUGGAGCUGGGUUUGGGGCUGACCAGGAGGGCAUUUCUCUUGCAGGCACACAAUGACAUGCUGCAGACGUUCGAGGCAAAGCUGACAGCUUUUGGGAUCCCCUUGGACAACCUGGGCUUCAAGCCCCUGGCGAGCCCCAUGCUGGGGCAGGCGGUGGGACAGGGCCCUGCAGGACUUGUUGCUGUGCCCACCUGA